AAGCAAAAUAUCAACACAGCCGAGGCGGCUUGGGCGCUCGGCCCCGGUCCCCCGCCUGCCCGCCGCCUGCCUGCCCGCCCCCGCGCCCACGACGGGGGCCCAGGCCCCCCGGCGCCGCCCAGGGCCCGCGCGGACGCCGGCCUCAUUUAUUAUUCCCCCGCCCAGAACUGCGGCUUCCCGGUGUUGAAGAUCCCCCGGAGUAGGGGCGAGGGCUGCCGCUUCCCUGCCGUGACACCCUCUCCUUGCCCCAGCGGGGCCGGUGGCUGUGCAGAAGGUGUCCUGCAGACCAUGAACUGAGCCCUGGUCCCAGGCCGUUAAUGAGCACAGUGUGAGGCGAGCCGCCACCCGCCACCCAGCGAUCCCCUCCCCUCCCUGGCACUGAGAAUCCCCGGAGAAGAUGGGGAGGAAAAAGAUUCAGAUCCAGCGGAUCACUGAUGAGCGGAACCGCCAGGUGACGUUCACCAAGCGGAAGUUCGGGCUGAUGAAGAAGGCGUACGAGCUGAGUGUGCUGUGCGACUGCGAGAUCGCGCUCAUCAUCUUCAAUCACUCCAACAAGCUGUUCCAGUACGCCAGCACCGACAUGGACAAGGUGCUGCUCAAGUACACGGAGUACAACGAGCCGCACGAAAGCCGCACCAACGCCGACAUCAUCGAGGCGCUGCACAAGAAACACAGGGAGUGUGAGAGCCCCGAGGUGGACGAGGUGUUUGCCCUGACCCCCCAGACGGAGGAGAAAUAUAAAAAGAUAGACGAGGAGUUUGAUAAAAUGAUGCAGAGUUAUAGACUGGCCUCAGCUGUCCCGGCCCCCAACUUUGCCAUGCCCGUGACAGUGCCCGUGUCCAGUCAGAGCUCACUGCAGUUCAGCAACCCCAGCGGCUCCCUGGUCACCCCUUCCCUGGUGACGUCAUCCCUCACGGACCCACGGCUCCUGUCCCCCCAGCAGCCAGCACUACAGAGGAACAGUGUGUCCCCCGGCCUGCCCCAGCGGCCCGCCAGUGCAGGGGCCAUGCUAGGGGGAGACCUCAACAGUGCAAAUGGAGCCUGCCCCAGCCCCGUGGGGAACGGCUACGUCAGUGCUCGGGCCUCCCCUGGCCUCCUCCCCGUGGCCAAUGGCAACAGCUUAAACAAGGUCAUCCCUGCCAAGUCUCCGCCCCCACCCACCCACAGCGCCCAGCUCGGAGCCCCCAGCCGCAAGCCUGACCUGAGGGUGAUCACGUCCCAGGGAGGAAAGGGGUUAAUGCACCACUUGACUGAGGACCAUUUAGACCUGAACAAUGCCCAGCGCCUUGGGGUCUCCCAGUCUACCCACUCGCUCACCACCCCUGUGGUUUCCGUGGCAACGCCAAGUUUACUCAGCCAGGGCCUCCCCUUCUCCUCCAUGCCUACCGCCUACAACACAGAUUACCAGCUGACCAGCGCGGAGCUCUCCUCCUUACCAGCCUUCAGUUCGCCUGGGGGACUGUCACUAGGCAACGUCACCGCUGUCACUGCCUGGCCGCAGCCACCACAGCCCCAGCAGCCGCCCCAGCCGCCUCCCCAGCAGCCGCCCCAGCAGCCGCCCCAGCAGCCGCCCCAGCAACCUCACCUGGUCCCCGUGUCUCUCAGCAACUUAAUCCCUGGCAGCCCCUUGCCCCACGUGGGUGCUGCCCUGACGGUCACCACCCACCCCCAUGUCAGCAUCAAGUCGGAACCGGUGUCCCCCAGCCGAGAGCGCAGCCCUGCGCCUCCCCCUCAGGCUGUGUUCCCAGCCACCCGCCCUGAGCCCGGCGAUGGUCUCAGCAGCCCGGCCGGGGGCUCCUAUGAAACGGGGGACCGCGAUGACGGCCGGGGGGACUUCGGGCCCACGCUGGGCCUGCUGCGUCCGGCCCCGGAGCCUGAGGCCGAGGGCUCGGCUGUGAAGCGGAUGCGGCUGGAUACCUGGACAUUAAAGUGACGGUCCCCACCCCCCUCUCAGCCUCCCUGAUGAAGAGUUGACAAUCUCACCGCCCACCCCCUGUCCUGGGCUCCUCCCGCUCGACCCCCACUUCCUCUCUUGUGCUCCGUGUCCUGUCGACGGUUACAUUUGUGUAUAAUUAUUAUUAUAUUAUUAUUAAUAUUAUAUUUUUUUUAAUUUGGAUUCUCGCUUUGGAGGGGGGAUGCUCCCAUCCCCUCUUUCUGCACCCCCGCCAUUUUCACUGGCCGGGGGUGCUCUUUUUUGCGGGCAGGGGGAUACUUUGCACGUUGUACACAUAUGCUGCAGGAGGGGUGGGGGCCCGAGAGGCGUCUGGGAAGGACAGGUGCCGAGUCCUGCAUGCGGAGCCCUCCCACCCCAUCCCCCAGACAGAGGGAAAUAACCAAAAAAACUACCAAACAACAAAACCCUUACAAUAGACUGAAACCCCAAAGUCGGCUGGCGUGACGGUGGGUUUGUUUCAGGGCAAAGCGAGGCGGGGGCUCUGGAAAGGGUCUCUGCGUCUGGGCUGUCCCGUGGCCGCAGGCACAUGGGGCAGAAUACCCACACCUGGCCUCCACACGCCCCUGCACAUGCACGAUGCGUCCUCACUGGGUCUUGUGUGAGCUGCAUCCCCAAGGUGUGGGGGUGCCGGCUGAGCUUUGGGGCUGGGAAGGCUGCCUGGGAAUCUGAGGCUGGGGAAGUUCGGAGGUGGGGGCCCCUCUGACGCCCCUUUCUGGAGAGAAAGAGCCAUGACGAGAGAGCUGAGAAGGGACAGAGGAUGAGCCAGGAGUGAGUGGGGUCCCCUCCCUUCCCCAGCGUUUUCUCUAAGAUACACAGUGCAAUAGCUCCCUUUCCCUCAGUGACACCAGCCCUGUAAAGCUGGCCACAAGCAGGGGGGCCUGGGGACAGGAGCUGGAGUGAGGUGGCUCAGUGGGAACCGGCCUCGCUGGCAGGUGUGAGCAAGGGGACUGGCCCUCCCCUGCACGUACACGUCCCUGAGGAGUGCACGUGGGACGGGGUGAGCGUAGGAGGGGGCCUGGAGGUCCGCAGGCCUGCCUCCCUUGUCUCCCCCUGGGCCCUCUCCCAGCCCCCCAGCUCCUUCGCUGCCACCUCACCUCCCUGCUCGUGCGCCCUCAUUGUCUCGCUACCUCCUGUCCCAGCACCCAGGCCCAGCGCACCUUCCCUCUUGGCUACUGUAACUGUAAAUAGCAACCUUUGGAAACCGUUAGCAGUGUAACAGUCCAGGAAACUGUUUUUUUGUUGUUGUUGUAUUGAUAUGAAAUGAGAUUCUAUUUUUGUCAAAGUAUAUUGUAAUAAUAAUGACUCAAACGGCCGUACUGUACAGAUGAGGUUCUUCUGCUGUUGUCCUUGCCCCCCACCCCCCUCCAGUCUGCCCCUCCCUGCCGCCUCCCAGGUCCUGGGGCCUCUGGCUGGAUGACAGCAAAGUGGAGGGGGCCGGCCCCCAGCCUGUGACCCACACCGCCCUCCCCCAGGGGCCUGGCGUCUGCCCCUCCUUCACGGAAACCCAGCUCCGCUGCCUAAGGGCCGCAGGGCUCCCUUGGGGUCUCACCCUGGUGGGAAAGCAGAGUGGACUCGCCCGUGUGGGGGCAGGUGACUCUGCCUGCCUCUCGGACCCAGCCGCUGGCAGUCUUCUGACACGGCGCAGGGGGACCAGAAGCAGGGGCAUGGGGCCGCACGUGGGCCUGCGUGUUCCUAAGGGCGCCUGCUGUCGUAUGUCUGCGUGUGCCUGUGCAUGUGCGCGUGUGUGUGCACGCGUGUUUGCAUGGGUCUCGGAGCCCCUCGGGCCAUGUGCAUGAAUCCUUGUGUGAAUCGAGCUCUGAGGGCGUCUGCGUGCGUGUGCUGCCUGGGUGUGUUUGCACAGGGACAGGUGGCUACUGCAGCCACUCACCCUGGCUUCCAGCCCCGUAACCCUCCUCCCUGAGUCCCCGUCCCUCCUGCCCCCCUCCUUCACCUGUUCUCACCCUCAGCUCCGAUAUUUUUGUCGUGCAGUCAGGAGGGAGCUGGCAGUCGGGCCUCUGCUUCUCCCCGCAGCCCUGCCUCUCCAGGCUCCAUGCAGAUGUCCCCCCAGGGCCCCGACCUUUACACACAGCUCCCUCCUGGAGCGCCCUCUCUCGCAGCCCCGUCCUUCUUUCAGGGUGACACUCAGUUCCUCUUCCUUCCUGGUCAGUGAGCCAUCCUUCUCACAGCUUAACCCCCACCUGCUGAAGGCCACAUGGCAUGUCUGGUCUUCCUGCAGGUCCCCAGAGGGAGUUUCAAGGGUCAGUGAGACGUGAUCAGGGCCUUGAAAGAAGACAGGAUGUCGUCUUGUGUGUGUGUGUGUCCCAGAGCCUGCCCAGUAAUGGUGAAUGGCUGGAUGGGUGAAUGACACGUGCUCAAUAAACGCUGAAUGACCGGCCUUCCCUUCUCAGGCUAUGCCUGCCACCAGCCUGUCCGCCUUGCUAGGCUGGGCUCGGCCACCAUUAGCACAGGGUGGGGUGAGGCCCCUGCAGCUCACGGUGCAAUAUUAACCAGUUUUGCCCUCUGCCUGGCAGUGGCAACCCUGGCUUUUGAUUACCAUGUAUGGGUGUGUGUGUCCCUUCUUCUCUAUCCCUGGGGGCAGGGGGUGGUCUGCGAAUGAACAUGUGACAUUUCUGCAAUUCACUAUCCCAAGAUUUCUGCUGGCCGGCCAGAUGAGGGUCCCUGGGAACCCAGACCUCAAGCGGGGGCUGCAUUUCUUCUUCCUCUCACAAGCCAAAUUUGCCUCCACCCACUCCUUCCUCCAAGACCGUGCCCGUGGCAGAGGCCUCACAGUGCCCCGGCCCUCCCCAGGCUCAGGCUUCCCACAGCUUUUGGGGACAGUGGGCACAGAGCCCCCACACCUCCCGCAGUGAUCCCUGGCCCUCACCCGCCCCCACACCGUGGACAGGAAGGACAUGAUGCACCUUCUCUUGCUGAUUAUUUAUUUGUUUGGAGAGACAGAAAUGAUGUAAAAGUGUAUCUAGAAAUAUCUCUAUCUAUAUAUUUUUAACUGACUCUGGAAUCCCCUGGGGUGGGAUGGGGGGUGGAUUUAGGCUUUCAUAGAAGGAAGGGGACCUGGAGCCUGGGAACUCCUCUCCUCCCCUCGGCCACCUCUCCACCCCUAAACACUUGGUAGAAGGAAUGGGAUUUGUAUUGGGGAGGGGGGGCUGGAAUGUUCUGGGAGAAUCUGGAUUCUCUCUGUCUUCCCUGUUCACGUCCCAGAGGGAGGGGGGACAGGCCACAGAGGUGCCCCACCCCCAAGCCCGACAAUCACCCACACUCCUGCGGCUCCCCCUGCGUGCUGCGCAGGGCGGGUCCACGUGUGUGGCAGUCAAUUUGUUUUCAAUAUUUCUUUUCGUGCUGUAUGGUGAUGCUUUCUUAGUAUUCUACACAAUAAGAAAAGACAAAGUCCUUGAGAUUCUUAUGAGUUUUGUUUGAAAACUCUUUCACUAUAUUUGUUGUGAAGAGGUUUACUAUUAAAAGGAAAAGAAUACACAUUUCUGAUA